AUGAGGACACCCUUGGGCAAGCCAUCACUGCCCGCCGUGCUGAAGCGCGAUAGAUCCUUCGGCGCAGGGGAGCAGCUGACCUUUGAGGAGAUGGGCCAACGCGGCUUCCACCGGGCUCUGGACGAGUACUACAAGGUGCAGGCUGCACUGGCGGGCGGCGCCGCCCCACCCACAGAACAGCCCGCCGAGGAUCCGGUCUGGCGGCUGGCGACCAGCACGAUAUUCAGCCCCAUCGUAAACGUGUAUGGGGCGUGGCAAUGCUACGCGAGCGCCGCCGCGGCGGCCGCACCGGUGCUGCGCCAGGCGGCCGUGCCGCUGGUCCCGCUUUCCCUCCUCCUCAUCCUCCAGACGGACACGAGCGAGUCCUGGCUGCCGCCCCCCAGGGUUGGACUGGCGCUGCUGGCCGCCCUGCUCCUCACGCUCGGGGUCGGCCUGGAGUCGAGCAGCCCGGCGGGGGCGGUGGGGGAGGGCCCAGGGCUGCGCCUCUCCAGCCUCCUGGAGCUGUAUGCGGGCAGCCGACUGCCUGCGCUGCCUGCCAAGAGCCAGCCCCAGAACCUGGAGGCGCUGCGAUCCAAGAUCCGGGACCUUCAGUCCGGAGUGUACGGCGCAGAUGCAGCACCCUCUGGGUUGCAGAGCUUGAGCGAUUGCGCAGCGGCCCUGCGUCGGUUGGCGGAGGACACCGGUGUGCUGCCCGGGGAGUCCCAGGGUCGGCUCGAGGAAAGCAGCACCGAGCACGACCUGUCGGCGGUGGCAGACCAGAUCCUGGUCGCCACCGGGGUCCCUGCCGCCGGAGCUUGA